AUGUCCGCCACCAAGCUCAAGAUUGGCUGCGCCGGCCUCGGUCGCAUGGGGAAGCGCCAUGCCCUAAACUUCCUCGAGCGCACUCCCCGCGCCGAAUUGGUGGCCGCCAGCACCCCCGAUGACAGUGAAAUCGAAUGGGCCAAGCUCCAUCUGGCCCCGUACGGCGUCACCAUCUACAAGAACUAUGACGACAUGCUCAAGCACGAGGGUCUGGAGGCGGUAGUGGUGGCCUCGGCGACCGCCGUCCACGCCGAGCAAGCCAUCAAAGCCAUUGAGGCGGACAAGCACGUUCUGUGCGAGAAGCCGCUUUCCACGAGUGUCGAGAUUUCUCAAACCGUCCUCGACGCCGCCGCCAAGAAACCCAAUCUGAAGGUGAUGUGCGGGUUCUCGCGGCGCUUCGACGCCUCGUACCGCGACGCCCACCGCAAGAUGACGUCCGGGGCGUUGGGCGAGCCGUCGGUGCUGCGCAGCCAGACGUGCGACAAGCUCGACCCGACGGGCUUUUUCGUGGCGUACGCCGAGUUCUCGGGCGGCAUCUUCGUCGACUGCUCGAUCCACGACAUCGAUCUGACGCUGUGGUUCUUCGGACAGGACAGCCGCGUCAAGUCGGUGUCGGCCGUGGGCAUCACGGCCGUCGAGCCCGACCUGCGCAAGCACAACGACCGCGACAACGCCGUCGGCCUGGUCGAUUUCUACAACGGCAAGGUCGCUUACUUCUACGCCUCGCGCAUGAUGGCCGCCGGUCAGGAGGACACCACCGAGAUCAUCGGCACCCGCGGCAAGGUCACCGUCAACGCCCAGCCGGCCCUCAACCUUGUCAACGUCUUUGACAACGCCGGCAUCCGUCGCGAGAUCCCCCAGCACUACUAUGAUCGCUUUGAGUAUGCCUUUGUUACUGAGGCGAAUGAGUUCACUGCCUGCUGUCUGGAGAAUACCCCCGUGCCGCUGAAGCUUGAGGGAGCCGUCCAGGCGGUGCGCAUCGGUGCCGCUCUGCAGGAGUCGUUGAUCACCGGGCAGAAGAUCUUCUUUGACGAGAGUGGUAACCGUGUUGAGAAGACGAAACUAUAG